AUGGCUGCCCAAGUUAAUGGCGAUGUGCACUCAUCCUCGGCAACCCUUCAGCACAUCACUGGGUACCCUCUGGUUAGCGAUGCUCUGACCACCUUCAAGAGCAACCCGUACGGUCAGAAGUCCAUAGAGCUGGGCGAUUCUGCGUACAAGACCUUUGCGGCGCCUGUCCUACCCUACCUCUCCAGGCCAUACCAAUAUGUCUCGCCGUACGUCCAGAAGGCCGACUACUUGGGUGCCGGAGUGUUGAACAAGGUUGAUGAGCGCCUGCCCGUGUUGAAGACACCUACCAAAGAGCUCUACUCCAACGGCAAACAGAUUGUCUUCUACCCUGUCGUCAAGGGCAAGGACGCUACGGAUCAUGUCUUCAGCGUCUACAACUCUGAGUAUAAGAAGGUCGGCGGUGAUGGAGUCGUUACGUACGGCAAGGCUCUCAUCUCGACGGGCUUGGUCGUCACCACCGAGGCAUUGAACUGGAUCGGUGACAUCUUGCGAAGCGGGCAGUCCAAGGCCAAAGAGGCUGGCAACGAGGCUCGCGAGCAAGUUCAGCAAUAG